GUAUGCGAAAAGAUCAUUCCUAAUGCAAGAAAUUGUUAAGGGUUAAUAAAGUGAUAUAUUAAAAACAGCUUUAUAGGUGUUGACUCUGUAGACAAGGUUAAGAUUCACACAUAACCCAGAAGCAAAGUACCAUUGGAAGUCAGAGAAGUUGCCAGGUCAACCAGAUAAUGAAAGUUCAUGUCUCCUCCAGCACCAUAGAUGAUGAUAUCUCUUGUCAAUUGACAGUAAUCCUCUGCAGCGGUUGUCAAAAUCCCAUGUAUAUUUUUAGCUAGAAAAAAGUAAAACCUUAUUAUGCAUAUUUGUUUUCUAAAAAUGUACAGACAGAAAACAUUUUUUCAAUGGAUUGUUUGGAUGCCAUAUUACAGAACUUAACAUUUCUACUGUAUUUUCACAUCACCACAUAUUUCUUCAUGUGACAGAAAUAUUACUGCAAUAACAAAUGGACAUAUCUCUUUUGUAAUGAUGCUAAGGAAUGUUGGAGCUAAUAAAUACUGGAAUGGACGUUUUAAGGUUGCUGUUGUAAAAGUUUCUUGAUGGACCAGAGGCACUUUUUCUUCUGAACCAGCAUCUAAACAUAAUGGUUUUAAGGAACAAAUAAUAGGUUUAUUCCAUGCUGAAAAUGGAAGAAAGAAAACACAAAUUAUCGGCCAUGGAGCCUUCUUCAGGUGUGAGACAGACAGAUCAGUAAGCAUAGGAGAACAAAAGCUCAGAGGAAGGGCUGGAGGUGGGAGCGGGGGAUAGAAAGAGUGGCCAGUCAGGUAGUGUGAAGUCAGGAUAGGUGUGAAGAAAGGUGUGAAAUGAAACCUACAAUGAAAUGACGCAGCUACCCACCUGGACUACUAUAAUGGUUUUAAACUGUAUUGGUUAAAUUUCACUCUUGGCUUAAUAAAUCUUGCCAACAUGAAGUUUCCCCUCAGUUUAACUGGUGAAGCAAUUUAUUGCUUCUUUCUUGGAUCUGCUGUAUUGUAGGGCUGCAACUGCAUCAUGGCUAUCAUUCUAGUGUGUGCUUUGUUGUGGAUGAAGUGCAUCACCAGCUUUAAGUGGAUAAGAGUGUCUUCUAAGCAAAUAAAAUGUAUUCACUAUGGUAUUACUUUAUAUACAGUAUACUUGUAUGCUAAACCUCUCUAAACUUGUGUCUUUGAUCUUCAAAGAUUUGUUGAAGAUUAAGUGACUACCCCAAAUAUCACUGCCAUCCCUGCUUACAGGGUCUCAGGUGAUCUCAGUAGUUUGCAGAAAUAAGUGAAGUGCUCAUUAUGGUAUUAAAAGUUCGAGUGAAGUCAACGAUGUUGUAACAAAAUAAAAUCAAGCUCCAUGUGUUUAUCACAUUAAUACAAAAAACAUUAACAAUGUAUAGAUACGUUUUUUUAACGAAUCAGAGUAAAGGUUCAUGUACUUUUUGUAUGUUCUAUGUGUGUACAUAUAGUAUGUGCUUAUGAAAGUCUUUUCACUAACAUUAAAUAAAGUUACGGUCGUUUGUACACUUCAAAUCGAAGUUAUCUGUUUAAAUACAUGCAGCGAGAAUGUCGGUUCUAUACAGUCUAUACAGAAAAAAAAAUGUAAAAAACGGUUCUUGUAAAUUCUGACCACACAAUACAGCCGCUUUAAAAAUGCAAGAGAGUAGUCAGAUGUUUAAUCAGUUUCACCAAACGUGAGACAACAGCCAGCUAUAGACCUUUAGUAAUCCGUAAUAAGAACAAUACCACUCCUUGACGCGAGAGGGACCUUUGGUAAAAUUUAAAUCCAAAGUACAGAGAAACGUUUCCUGGAAAACAAAUGACGAAGUGGAAUGGCUGAAUGCACUGUGCAUACUGUGCAAAUGAAAGUAAAGGCUGAUAUGACGUUUUACGAGGAAAAAGUUAAAAUCCCAUUUGGUGCUAAACAUCUUGAUGGUAUAUUGCCAGCCCCUGCAGAGGACUGCUAUCAAUUGACAGGAGUUCUCCUCACCAAUGGUGCUGGAGGAAACAUGAACUUUCACCAUCUUGUUUCCCUGGCAACUUCUCUGACUUCCAAUGGUUUUCUUUGCCUCCGGUUUACCUGUAAAAGUCUUAAUCUUGUCUACAUAGUCAAGGCUUAUAAAGCUGUUGUGGUAAGACAUUCAAAUACAAACUUUUCCAAUUGCUUAGUAUGCAUUUGCAAAUUCAAUUCAAUAUGUACAGUAUUAAUCUUACACAAUUUCUUUUACUCAAGACAUAUGCAUACUUUACACAACUGGUACAUUUCCACGACAGGAGAUACAGACCAAGUCAUCAAAACAGAAUACCUGAAGAAUUUGAAGAAAUACACAGGCUUGCUUGAGAGUGUAGUAAGAAAAAUGAAAGCACCAGCCUACAUUCACUGGAUUGAUGGAGCUAACCAUGGCUUAGUGGUAAAAGGAUGACGUGAGGAAGAAGUGCAGGAUGAAAUGAACACUCAGGUUCUGAUGGCUUCAGAGCCACCCUGGAAAGGUGGGGGGUCCUGUCACGAUCGCUACUCCACUUCUUAA